AGUCGGACAGCAAUGGAAAAUUGCACGCUCGAGCCAAUUAUGCGAAUCAUUUUGCAUGAAAUGGCAAAGAAAGGCGGAGUUCAGCAGCUGCAGGCGGACAUCAGCAGCGAUGAGGAGUUUGAAAAGUUUUUGCAGCGACCCGGAUUGCUGGUGCUCGAUAUAUAUUCGGAGUGGUGUGGUCCAUGCUUGGGCAUGGUGGGAAGUCUGCGUAAGAUCAAACUGGAGCUGGGCGGCGAUAAUUUGCAGCUGGCUAUUUGCAAAGCGGGCUCAAUCUCAUAUCUGCAGCGGUUUAACAAGAAAAGCGAACCCACCUGGAUGUUUGUUGCCAAUGGAAAGGCGAUUAACAUCAUGUUCGGCACCGAUGUACCCAAGCUGGUGUCCAUGAUCACACGUGAGCUGGAGGCGGUCAUCGCUCGAGAGCCCCAUCAGACCUACGAAAUAACCGAGCUGCAGCCGAUUGAGCUCGAACAGUUGCGCAUUCGUAACGAGGCGCUCGAGCAAGCGGCCAAGAUCGAAGAGGAGGAGUGCCGAAGGAAGCGCAUCGAGUACUUGAGAUAUGUAACCGAUACGAUUAUGGAGAAUUUGCCAGAUAUUGGGAUAACGGUAUUUGGUCCACAAGUGAAUCGCGAUAUGUUCAAGAAGCUCUCUGAGCCGGCAGAUCCACUGAAGAUCCAAUGCAAAGAUCGCAAAGUCUUUACAAUCACCCAAAGUGAUUUCAACACCGUCAACUUUGCGGCCGAGAAUCCAUUGUCGCAGGAAGUGAUCCAACACUUGUACGACAAGGAGCUGCUGAUGUGCUUCUGGAAGGUGGAGGAAAAUCUUGGCACGCCACCCAGUGUACUGCAGCAGUAUGCCAACGAGCUGACCAAGAACAUCAUCAAGCCACCCGAUGAAUUCAACGAGGAGGAGACCGUUCUACCUCCCCUGAUAACAGAUCUCGAAAUAACGGUACAGGUCAAAGUUGAAGUGGAAGCGUGCCCAGAAGAUAACCCGGAGGAGCAGGAUUCAGAGGAUGCUAUUCAAUUCAAGACCAUCAAAAUCCCACCGAUCUGGGUGCCCUGUGACCAGAGGACGCAUGCAGCCCUCAUCUAUACCUAUUUCCGGGCACAGACCGCAACAUUUUUACCCCCCGACCCAGUGCCAGAACCUCCGCACAUUAUCAUGACCUACGAUGCGUACAAGAAGAAGGACUUGAUCAAUCUGGUCGAAGCCUGUAAAGAGGAUGUGCCACUCUAUGGCUUCUUCUCCAGCGAUAAUCCAGAGACGGCCGUUUUCAUUGCCAACUCCGUGGAGAAGUACAAUGCGAAGCCCUAUGUGCCCACCGAUAAAAUUGUGCUGAAAGUGAACAAGGUGCCGGGUCCAACAAUUCCGUUGCUCAUGGAAUAUGGGCCUAGCUAUGUCAGUCCCAAUUCCGUGGUGGGCCACAAGGAGGCAGCCAAAUUCUUUCCGCCCACCUACAAAUCCGCACAGCAGGAGGAGGCCGAGCUGCAUGCGGUCAAGGCCGAGAAGCCUAAGAAGCGCAAGAAGAACAAAAAGGGUGGUGAUGUCGAGGAGUCCGAGCAGGCCAGCGCCAAUGCCCAGGACAAUCAGCAGGAGGCCGAUGAGGCGGCCAAAGUCUCGCCCGAGGAGGGCGCCUCCACCACUAGCAGCGGCGAGGACAGCUGCGAGAGUCGUCCAGCGACUGCCGAUGGCAAUAAUCUGUUGGCCGAUGCACCUCCAUCAUAGUGUUGGUUAACUGAAGUUUUGGAGACCUCUUUCUCUAUCUCGCUCCCUCUCUUUCUCUCUCGCUUUCUCCUUACGUAUACUAC